GUGUGUGUCCCAAACAUUACAUAAUUAUAGGAUACAGUUUCUAUCUCUAAAGAAGUAAAUUAGAGAGCACCAAAUAUAUUAGGAAUGGCAAUUUCAACUAUCACUCAUGGUAGUGUUCGUUGCUUGGGCCUGGCUAUGUUGCUAGUUGCUGCAUUAUUGGUCUCCAGCGGCAGCAACCAAGUCAUGGCACAAAAUUGCAAAGACAAGAGUGUUUUAGGUAAUCUUGUUUCACAGUGCUCCAACUACGUCAUGAAAACGGGACCGAAGGUGAAGCCAUUAGGGUCUUGUUGCAAGGCGGUGAAGGCGGUGGAUGUUCGAUGUGUGUGCAACUUUGUUACCAAAGAUAUCGAACAAAUAGUCGACAUGGAAAAGGUGGUCUAUGUAGCACGAUCUUGUGGCAAGAAGAUUAAAUCCGGAACAAAAUGUGGAAGUUAUACUGUCCAUCAGAACAAGAAUUAGAGAAGAGAAAGAAGUGGUGGACGUGGAAAUGGUUAUUGUUUGAAUCCUUAUUUGUUAUGGAAAAUCCUCUAGUCAUAUGUUUGAGGAUUAAUUUAAUUUGUUGUUUUCUUUUGGUACUAAUUUUUUUGGUCAACAUUUAAGUAUUAAUUGGCAAGCACUGAGUACUGAGUAACUUAUGAGUUGGAAACUAUUCGAUUUGGUCAUAACCUUGAUAAUUAAUUUUGGCUUAUAUGUACUUUCAUA